AUGGUCAGAUCACAGAUUGUGUCUGCAUAUACCACAAUCACCACAACACGAAACUUUCGAACCUUUCUUGUAUUCAGCAUCACUUUGAUGGCAUUACAAUUUUACGAUUGUAUACAACGAUUGGAAAAGUACCAUAAAGUCAGAGAAAACGAUGUGUUGCAAGGGUUUGUCAAUUAUGAUAAAUUGGCUAGUAAGUUUUACAGUCAACGAAACUUGUAUUUAUCGGGAGCAAUUUUGUAUUUGUUGAUGGGGAUCUAUACCGUGGCUUCGAUUGUCAAGAAAUUGGUAUUGAAGGAGAAGUUGUACAGGCAGUUGAUUGCUGAAAGAGAUGGUGAUGUGAAAAAUGGUGAUAACAAGAGUGAUAGCGAAGAAGUGGUCAAGGUGAAACAUUUGAUUGAAUUGAAGCAAAAGGAUAUUGACACAUUGAAGAAGCAAUUGAAUGGAUUACAAACUGCUUAUGAUGGUUUGAAUAAAGGCGAAGAGAGAACUAAAGAUGAUUGA